CCAUUCUAGGAAUUUGUCCGUUAAAAGCACCGUUUAUUAUUGCAAAUAAUGAUAAUAAUAUAGUAUCUUAGAAAACAAGUGUAGCAGUAGCCUGCUGAUCCAUCAAGGCAGAAAGUUACUGGACCCGUGAUAAAGGCGCAAUCAAGGUCAGAAGUUGUGCCGAAGUCUUACCAGGAGUAUUCGUGACAGCAUCAUUCGUGCAGAACUGGUGGAAGAAACUGGUUGAAGAUUUGGGAAGUCUACUCCAGGUUUUAUUCAGGUUUUUUCAGUUUAUUAAAAUGAAGUUGUUGAUGUAGCAUUGAGUCCUGUUCUCCAACGCCUGCUGUCGAUUCAACAGGCAACGUGCCUACUGUUGUGUUUCAGUUGAUCAAGAUUCAACAUGGCUUCUCAAGGAAAUGACUGUUUCUAUUUCUACAAUGCUACAUGCUUCAAGGGUGAGCGAUGUCAGUACCGCCAUUGUGAUGCUGCUCUUGGAAGUGAGAUGGUAUGUGAAGACUGGAUGAACGGCAUAUGCUUCAUCGAUGAUUGCCCGUAUAGGCACAUGGAGGUCCAGGUGGAGCCUCAGCAAAACAAUGUUCCAUGUUUCUAUGACAUGCAACCCGGAGGUUGCAGGCGUCCGAAGUGUCAAUUUAUUCAUACCAAUCGGGCGGUUCAGCCAGGUCAGAGUCAGCCAGCCGCAUCGGCCGGAUUCACUUCACUUGUAGAGAUCAAACUAGUUUCUGAUCUACCACCUAAUGAGGAUCCAUCGUCGACCGAUCUUCCACCACACCAGAUGUCCAUGUCGUACGAGGAGCCAUACUCAAUCCCGGCAGUCAUUGGAUCUCACCGCAUGAGUGGCGAGGUAGAGCUUGUUAGUCCUCAGGUGGAACCGAUCAUCAUUAACCCAAUGGAAGAUGAAUCAUCUGACCCAGAGAGCAGUCCUUCUCUGUCUCCUGUGAAGAAUGCAGGCAAGUCUGGCUCGUUGGAAGGUAUCCCUGAAGAGGGCGGUGAUGUCAGGAACGUUGACCAGAAAGACGGGAAGCCUGAUGCUGAAGAAACAGGUACUGUAAAAGCAGACACCUCUAAAUCUGAUGAAGAAGAAGCAGAGGAGGAGGAAGUUGAGGAGUCUGAAGAAGAAGAAGAAGAAGAUAGCGUAUCGACAGAGUGUGAAGAUGAGGCCAGUGAGGAGACUGAGUGUGAAGAUGAACGACCUGUGAUUGAACUGUUUGAUACUGAGGGUCAUGAGGUCUUGGGUGAGGUCGGGGAGAAGUCGUCCGAGGUAAAGGGAAACUCCAGUAAAAAUGGAAAGAAAACAGACGCAGCUGAGAAGAAAGUGUCUAAAGAAGAUACUGACUUGAGUGAGGUACUGUCCCUUGAGGAUGUGAUGAGAAGGAAGGCCCUGGAGAGCAUGUACAAGAGACGAGCAGAGAAGGAGAAAGCAAAACAAGAAGAAGAAAAGAAAAAGGACCCUGAAAAGAAUAAGGAAGGGCCUGAGAAGAAAAAAGAAGUCAAAGAUGAUAGGAAAAAGCCCAGACGAUCACGCUCCCGUUCUCGCUCUCCUUAUCGCCGUGGGAGGUCACCAGAUUUACGUAGCAACUGGCGUGGUCGUAGAAGACCAUCUCCGUUUGGUAGAGAUGGUAGACGGUCGCCACCCCCCUUUGGUCGCAGGUCACCUCCAUUUGGGCGACGUUCUCCCCCUAGGCGACGUUCUCCAUUCCGUCGAAAUGACCGUCGUGAUCCUGCACAUCGGUUGGCUGUGCAGCGGCUCCGUGGACAACGGAAUCAGGCUGAACGGGAUCUUGAGGAGCUUGCAGUCGAAGCAAACAAAUUAGAGCAAAAAAUUCGCUCUUCAGCGGAAAGUGUAAAAAUUCUAAAACAAGUUGAGUUGAAGAAGCGUAAGGAAUUGUUACGUAAACAGCUUGAAGAGGUCAGCAAAGAACUGGCCAAGGAAGGGGAUGACAGUAGUUCAAGCAGUAGCAGCAGUAGUAGCUGUAGUUGUACUGAAAGUGACUCGACCAGUCAGUCGAGCUCACCUAAGAAAAAGGUGUCUGUGAUUGCAUCGAAAGUACACAGGCAUCAGCCUCAUAAACAUAAACAUGAUAAACAGGAAAAAAAUACUGGUGCUCGCCAGCCAUUGACUUUGGAAGAAUUACGUCGUAGACGUGCUUUGAAAACGCAACCGUUAAGUUCUGCUCAGCGAGAUUCCGAUGGAAGUGUAACUUUGGAAGAAAUACGCCGCAGGCGGGCUUUAAAAACACGAUCAUUGAAUUCAACACAUGCUGAUUCUGAUGGUAGUGGAAAGAUUGCUCAGGGGCUGUCUUUAGCAGAGAUUCGUCGGAAACGUGCGUUGAAGUUUGGGAUGGUCAAACCUGCGUCAGGUUCUGAGGAGGACACUCGCCGUUCGAAGCAAACCAAAGUUGCCAAAUCCUCCAGCGAUGAACAAUCGUCAGGCGAUGAGGAAGGUUCUCAGGGAAGUGGUCCAAAAGAAUUAGUCAUUCUCAAAAAGGUUGAGCCUCUGCGUAAAAUGAACAUCCGAAAAGUUGUGUCACAAGGUUCUAAGAACUCUGGUGAAAGUCUUGAAUCACAGGUGCAGCGUGAGCUGAAAAACAAGAAUGCAUUGAGGAACAUUCAGGUGCAGAGAAUUGUGCGAAAUGAGUCUGCAAAUGCGAGGCCUGAGCCGUCUGCUGUGGAAAUGCUUGAACUUCAGUCUGAAAGACAGCGUCUGCUUCAGAAGUUGAAGGAUGUGGAUGUUGAGGAGGAGACUGGAGAGGUUGCCGAGAAACAGAAGCCCAGCUCGGAUGGGGAAGCGAAAGUGAAGCCGAAGACAUCAUUCCGUCGUGUUCUGGUCGUUGGCAAGGAGGAGCCCAAAAAAGAUACCUCCGUCGCAAAGGCAGCUACAGAUAUUGUGAUAAAGUCAUUAGAAGAUAUAAAGAAAGCAAAGGAGAGACAGAGAGAUACAUUGAGGGUGCCUGAGGAUGCUGACACUGCAGACAACUCGCAGCGAAGAAAACUCAGCAUUCCUCGGAACAAAAGUGACACUAAUUUGCUCAAGCGUAGUGCCACCAUCGGUGAUGAAGACUCUGAAGCAAAGCGGCGCUUUGUACGGCGCAAUCCCCAACAGAUUUAUGUCCCACCGGCUGCAGCAAAGUUCAGGGAGACUGCGAAGGUGGACGAACCUGCCACUACAGCCACUAGUUUGCCAGCGUCCAAGUUCGUUGAGGAAGUAGCUCCCAAGGCCGAAGCACAAAAAAUUCCAAUUAGUCGACUCAAAGAAGCCAAGUCCUCGGGUGGCGAGAUCGUUGUGAAAACGUUCAGUGAAAUCAUGAAAGAAAAACGUGAACGCAAGCAGAAAGAACUAGAGGAGAAACGAGCAGCUGCUGCAUCCAAAACUGUAGAGAGGCUGUCCAAACCGAAGCCUGCAUUUAUUUCACCCAUUACAUUUGCCUCUGACAAGGACAAGCCAAAAGCAUCCUUAUCUGAAACCACACUGCCGAAACGAAAGCUCUAUUCGGAACCAGAGAAACAAGAAAGUCGUAUGUUGGCAAACUGGGGAGCAAGACGUACGAAAGUAAAUAAAGUGCAACCGAAUGACACUAAAUUCAAUAGCACUGGUGUAAGGACUAAUACCCCACCGCAAAAAUCUCAGUCUGAAUCGUCAGUUUCCAGUCAAAAAAUGGAAGUUAUAGAUUUACCACCAGACGAUGAUGAUUUAGACUUGGACGAAUUUGAAAUGGAGCUUCGUGACGAAAUGGAAUCCACAAGGUCGAAUCCAGAGCCGGUGGUUUCAAAACCUUCACCGGCUGUUACCAAACCAGUUCCAGUUACUUCGAAGUCAAAGGGUUCUGGAGAGUCCGUGAAAACGGCAGCAGUGGUUAACUCUGUAAAGGCAAUGGCGAAGUCAGUUGAGCCUGUUGUUGCUGCUGGGAAGAGGAAAACUAAUUCGGAAGAGAAGUCCAAACCGACUCGUCGCACCUCAACCUCAGACAACCUGUUGGAUGAGUUUGACCUUCUUCUGGAGGAAGACGAUGAUGACCUGGGGACUCGGGAUACAGAGCUACAAGUUCAAGAUGAUGAUGCUUUGUUGAUGGAGCUCGAGGAAAUGCUCGCGUGAUCAGGUCAUAGGACCAGUUGACGAAAUUGGAACGUCACACGUGGUGCCCAGGUUUUCCAAGAUUUUCAUAUGUGUGAAACACUCAUAUGAAUUUGAGAAACUUAAUUGUGAAACUGAACCCAAAAGACCUACGCAUUGACUUCAUUUGGGUUUGGCUUUGUUGGUGCAUUUGCAGUUCUCAAAGUAAUUUGUGCUAUUCUCUAUUGUAGAGACCAGAUUUUGUUGGAGAAAAUGAAAAGUUUUAAACUUGGCUUUAAUCCUGACUCAUGCAUGACAGACAUAAUGUCUGUGGUUGAUGAGUAAAGGUUAUGAGUAUAAUUUGUUGUUUGGUCACUUAGUGCAACCACAGUCAAAUGGUUCACAUAAAACAUGUUAUAAAGUGUUAAUUUAGAUGCAGUGAAUGUGUCGGACAUCUACAUGUACUGCUAUAAAUGCAUCUUAUUACAGUGCUUUGGUUCAUUUAGCAAAGGCCCAAGUCAAGGCCACGCCGCCAAAAUUAAAAAGAUGAUUUAGCUAGCGUCCAAUUGUAAGUGUAAUGAUGAUGCAGGUUGAGUCUAUGUGUGCUACUCAUAUCUGUAUAAUUGCAAUGCAGUAUAGCAUUUUACUAACUGUGAUAUAGUAUAGCUGUACCUUGUGAACACGGUCCUUUUGAAAAUGGCAUUCUUUGACAUUUCAUGUACCUGUACAAUACCAGUGUCUGAUUGUCUUCAGGUGGUGUUUUGUCCACUCGGGCCUAGUUUGACUGUAAUGAUUGCAACUCAUCAGCCUUCAUGUACUCAUCUGUAAGAAAGUUUGAUAUUAGGAUGUAAGAUGAUAACAUUUUGAAUAAAAAUAUUUGGUUCUCAUUUGUAAUAUGAUUGAGGCUUAUUUUCGAAAUUGUCGUCUUAUAUUCAUAUUUGUUAAAGUACUUCCUGAUUACACAGUCAAGUCUUUUACUUGUGGAGACAGGAACUAAUCAUUUUAGGAUCUCCAGUCCUAAUGUUUGCUUUGUUAUGUUUCAAGGGCAAAUUUUGUUAUAUCGCAUCUGUCCCUGUGCAUUUAAUGUACAGAGUAGAACCAAUAUAAAUCACAGUAGUUGAUAGAAACUAGAGGUCUUUAUUCCGAUGUAAAAAACAUUAUGUCGCUAUAAAGGCAGUUGUUCCCAUUCAUGAUUGGAAUAAAUUUUGAUAACAUAA